CAGUUCAGGUGGAGAUCUCAGUACAUGAGGAAGAUAAUUCUGCUGAGAACCGAGCAUUGCCUGGCACAAUAAUUGCCGCAUAGAGGAAGCAUUUCGGGAAAGUUAACUCGUGUGCCAUUUCCCGCCCCAGAGGCGCAGCCAAACCACCCACAAGCCAGUCGACAAGGAGGAGUUGAUUACAGCAGUAAGAGUUGAAAUUUCGGCUCCGGGAGAUUCCAGCCCAGUGCAGCGUGGAGUCCAAGUUUAUUUAUGAAGAUUAUUUAUCGCAGCAUAAAUGGAAAUUAAAAUAAUUUGCCUGUGUCUGGUGCUCGUGAUGCUGGCGACCGGCUGCUCUGCAGGCGUGAGCGGCGACUGCCCACUCUCGUCGCAAAUGUCCGCGUGCAGCCCCAAGUGCAAGGACGACACCGAGUGCUCCACGCUCGGCGGCAAGUGUUGCCCCAACCUCUGCAACACAAAGUCUUGCGUCCUGCCCGGAGCGGCGCACCGCGGCUCCUCGGCCGGCGGCUACAAGGGUUCGAGCAGCGGCGGCACCGGAACCUACUGUGGCAAUGUCAAGUGCAAUUCUGGCGAAAAGUGUGACUUCGACAAGUCCAGCAAGCGCAUGAAAUGCGUUCGCGGUUAGAAACGCAAGAGCUGAAUAAUUCUCAAAUGAUAGCGUGACUAGCGGAUUUUUUUAUACGUACACCUCAUGAGAUGUUAACAAUAAAAUGCACUUUUAAAUUAGUCCUCGAUGGUCUAUAAUUCAAGACCUUGUUCAAGACCAAACACCACAUUGAAGAGAAGGACAAGGACUUGUGGUUGUUGAUCAAAAGCGAUAGUCAAAGGCACUAAUUUACUUCUUUUGCACCUUUCACAAGUGUAUCAAGAUUGCGUCAAUAAAACUCGAUGCUGAGCUCAUGACAGCUCUGCUGCAGAGAGUUUAACUGCUACGGAACAAUGCCGUCUUUAACGAACCUAAUAAAAUAACCAAUACCAGCCAAAAGGCGUCGUUUUGAAUAUGUUUUCGCACCAGCAAUCACCCACUUUAUCUGUGAAGUUAAACUUCUGCAAAAUUCAUAUUUUAAAAACUUCCUCAUUCAAUAAAUUCUUAUCAAGAUUCUUAAAAUGUAAUACAGAAAUUCUUUUGCAAAAAAUGCAAAUUAGAACGAAUUGUUCUGAGAACCUGUUUAAAAGAUUAAGUGAUUUUUAAGAUCGCAGGAGGGUUAACGAACAAUUUAAAUGCGCUCGACGUAAACAACUCUAGAAAUCCAUAAAGAAAUUGCUUUUUGAAGGUGAUUUUCUACGGUCACUUGUUCACUCUUUUGCCUUGUUCUUGCGAAAAAUCCCCCAACAUGACUAAUCAAUCUCACAUACGAUGACACUUUUUGUUCAAAUAUGAUUCACACAAUAAAGGUGAAAAAAUGCAAAUGCUGCUAUCACUCACCGGAUAAUUCUCUUGGAUUGUUUGCGCUUCGAGUGGGCUGAGAAGAUGGAUCGUG